AUGCCGCCGCAAAUCAAACAGGACCUGAACAGGUCAGGAUGGGAAAGCACUGAUUUCCCUUCAGUCUGUGAAAACUGUUUACCAGAGAACCCAUAUGUGAAGAUGGUGAAGGAAGAUUAUGGUGCAGAAUGCAAAUUGUGUACAAGACCAUUUACCGUAUUUAGCUGGAACGGUGCCGACCGAGCUCAAGGCCGACGAAAGAAGACCAAUAUUUGCUUGACUUGCGCGCGACUGAAGAACUGCUGCCAGAGCUGUAUGCUCGACCUCUCCUUUGGGCUGCCCAUUGCAGUGCGUGAUGCUGCGCUCAAGAUGGUUGCGCCUGGCCCCCAAUCCGAUAUCAACAGAGAAUACUUUGCCCAGAACAACGAAAAGCUCAUUGAAGAUGGCAAGGCUGGGACCGAGGAGUACGAAAAGACGGACGACAAAGCGCGAGAGCUUCUGCAACGCUUGGCAAACAGCAAACCAUAUUUCAGAAAAGGCCGAGCCGUCAACGAAUCCGAAGUAGCAGGCAACAGUUCCGGCGGCAGCGUCGCGGUUGGGGCUGGACAAGGUGGCCCUGGCCCCAUUCGCACUCGAGACAGUAGGGCUGCGGCGGCAGCGGGUGCCAGGCCGCGAGGUGGAAAGGGACGACAAGCAUUCCCCAGCGCUGCGCAAUUACCUCCGAGCGAGAAGGAUUGGCUCCCACCCGAUGACAAGAAUAUCAUGUCACUGUUUGUUACAGGUGUGGAGGACGACCUGCCCGAGUUCAAGUUGCGCGAAUUCUUCAAGGCUCAUGGCAAAAUCAAGAGUUUAGUGUGUUCGCACAUGUCCCACUGCGCGUUUGUCAAUUACGAAACCAGAGACGGAGCCGAAAAGGCUGCUUUGGCAUGCCGUGGCAGAGCCGUUAUUGCCGGCUGUCCAUUGCGCGUUCGAUGGGGUCAGCCCAAGGCAAUUGGCACAAUGAACAAGGAAGAGAGAGGACAAAUGCUUCGCGACGCUCGCGCUGGUGUAGCAAGAAAACCACAACAGCGGGCUAUCGAAGGCGGUGCUCAAGCGGCGAACCAAGCGCUGCCGCCUCCACCUUCGGCAGUCGCAGCUCCUCCUGGUGCUGAUGACACGCCAAACUAUGCGAGCCUUUCUGGAGACUAA